CCAAGGGCGGAGAUAGCGCCAAGAAGUCACCGCCCGGGCCCCGCCGCCCAGCCAGUACCCCAGGCUGCUGCCGACUCUCGGGCUGUAGCUGCGCGGAGUAUGGGGCUCUGAUGGCCAUGGACGGCUACCGGGGCUUCUUGGGGCUGCUGGUGUCGGCGCUGCUCGUCGGCUUCCUGUCAGUGCUCUUCACCCUCAUCUGGGUCCUCCACUACCGCGAGGGGCUCGGCUGGAACGGGGGCGCACUCGAGUUUAACUGGCACCCGGUGCUCGCGGUGACCGGCUUCGUCUUCAUCCAGGGCAUCGCCAUCAUCGUCUACCGCCUGCCAUGGACCUGGAAAUGCAGCAAGUUCCUGAUGAAAUCCAUCCACGCGGGGUUGAACGCUGUGGCUGCUGUUCUUGUCAUCAUCUCUGUGGUGGCUGUCUUUGAUUAUCACAGUGCCCAAAGUAUCCCCCACAUGUACAGUCUACAUAGCUGGGUGGGACUGACAGUUGUCAUCCUCUAUGUCUUACAGCUUCUCCUAGGGUUUUUCAUCUUUCUGCUUCCUUGGGCACCGCUGUCUCUCCGAGCACUCGCCAUGCCCGUGCAUGUUUACUCUGGACUUCUCCUCUUCGGAACAGUGAUUGCCACGGUCCUCAUGGGAGUGACGGAGAAGCUAUUUUUUGUCCUGAAAAAUCCUUCAUACCAUUCAUUCCCCCCAGAAGGUGUUUUCACAAAUACCCUGGGCCUUCUGAUUCUGGUGUUCGGGGGUCUGGUUUUUUGGAUUGUCACCAGACCACAGUGGAAACGUCCCAAGGAACCAGAGUCUACGCUUCUUCAGUCAGAAGCGAUGGAAGGGGCCAUCGCCAUAAGCUCUGGCAACAGCGGGGACAAAUCAGAUUCAGAGUUAAACAGUGAGGCAGCAGCCAGGAAAAGAAACUUCGGCCUUGAUGAAGCUGGCCAGAGAUCUACCAUGUAAGACAGCCCAGAGACAUCGCCAUGUAACUCCAUAGUUCAGCUUCUCCUAACCAUAGGUGAUCAAGCUACCUAGUAUCAAUGGUUCUUGUAAUCAUCAGGGAGGAUUUCUUGAAAGUGUUUAUAUUGAUGGAGGCCUAUGAACUCACCUGACUUGGAUAUAAAUGAUAGCAUAUAUAAAUUGUAUUUGUUACCCAUUUCGUGUUGAGGACCAAAGCAUUAGGCACAAUGCUUUGCACAGAAUAGAAGCACAAAGUGUGUCUGUCAGUUGGUUGACUUGAUAAAUGGGCAACCCCUGGUUUCUUGUCAUGCAGUCUUUUCCUAUUAAUUCUGAGGGUCCAGAGUUAAAACUAGGUAGAACCAGUCCUAAAAUUUAAUAAUCAGAUCAUAAUACCUGGGACAAGGUUUAGACCAUUGGUCCACACAGAUAUCAUGGCUAGAGUACAGAGCAAAAACUGCAGGAAAAUAACUAGUCUCCUUCUCCCCACCACGGCUCUCUGUCCCUCUCCAGCUGCUUUGGGUUCUGGUGGCCCCUGGACAUGAGGGUUUGUAGUAGGGUAUUUUGGAAAAGUCGCUGGGCCCCGAGCAGGAGAAGAGAUCUUCUCUGGUUAGACUUGGAAGAUUUUCUAAACCUCACUGUUGAUCCCAACACUUCCAUGGGUUGGUACACUUUCUGGUCCAGUUUCUGAAGCUCUUAGAGUGAAAAUAAACUGCUCUGCAAACCUCAAGGAGCACUUUUUCCUGUUUCUGGUUUUAUCUUGGAGAGUGCUUACAUGGCACUGACUAUGCACCAGACACUCUUCUGAGCACUGUACUGAUACCAGGUCUCUUAAUCCCCAGACAGACCUGGUAAAGCAGGCCUUGUUAUUUUCUCCAUUUUUGAGGCAAGAGGUCUAAAGCUCGCAGAGGUUAGUGACUUGCUUGGAGGUGACAUGGCUAAAAGUGGCAGAACUGACAUUCAAGCCCUGGCAGCCUGGCUACCUUGGUCCAUGACCCUAGCCACUUCACUGAGCUACUCUUAUUUUUUGUACUAACCCGUGCCAUAUGAACUCCUCCCACCCACUCCCCACCCCACCAAAUAAACUGCAUGCUGGAGUGGAGUAGAGAACAGUUGUUAAAAGAUGCUUGUUUGCCUUUGGCUAUCUUCCAGGGAGAACUCCCUCCCCCAGAGAGCCAAGGAAAAGGUGCCAGCCAUGCUUGGACUUAGAUCAUGGGACAUCUGUCACUGCCAAUAAGCCAUACUAUGCCCUGCUGUCUUAAAAGUGUGCCUUGGUGACAGAAAGAUUUGGGCAAGAACAUCUAUAGCUUUCAAGAUUAGCUGAUGAAUUGCAAUAGUGUUCUUUUGAGCUUUGAGUUCUUAGUGAGAUGAUAACUUUUCAUGCAGAGAGACCUGUCUAGGCUGUAAGAUGACAACAAUUAAAAUGUAGAGUAAUUCUUAUGCUGAAAUGAUGCUUUUUUUUUGGGUUUUGGUUGGUGUUUGGUUUCCCUACAAUUUUAAAUUGCAGUAUCUUAGAAGAGCUUGACACAGUGGUGCGAGUCCACAGCUCUAGCUGUUCCAGAGGCUGAGGCGGGAGGAUCGUCAGAGCUCAGUUCAGGACAAGCCUGGGAAACCUAGCGACAACUUGUCUCUCAAAAAAACCAAACUGAAAACCAACACUGAAGCAUUUUUUUUUGGGGGGGGGAGUACUUUUUAAAAUUCAUUUAUUCAUAUGUACAUACAUUGUU